AGCUGUGUAGCACGCGCGCGGUGAGAGAGAAUGGUGCGGAUAAAAAACAGCAUAACACGUCUUGACACAGCCACGGCAAAGUGAAACCUAAGCUGAGCACCGUGGCUCUUCGCCCCGAGGCUAGCAAGAGAACCAUGAGUGAAGUGAUCUACUGCUUGAUUAAUCUAAUCAGAGAGACAGGUUACACAGUGACGGUACCUGCUGUGUGAGGUGUGUGUUUCAGACUCCAGCAAUUUGCAUUUGUUGGUGGAAAAAGCCAUUUAUCAGGCGGUGAAAAUGGCAGUGAUUAAAGCUCAUGGAGAGUAUGGCGCUGCACUCUUCAGCAUCGGAACUUCAGUGACGUACUUGAACGCCUACACCAGAGUGGUGAUGCUACGGUUACGGAAAGCUCACUAUCAGCUCCUCUGGUCUGCUCUGCCCUUCAUCACCAGUAUAUGGAGCAACAAUCGGAAAAUACAGUGCUUCUUCAACUGUAUACACGUCGGAGGCACCAUCAGAACGUGUCAGAAGUUUCUUGUGCGAUACGGGAGGCAGCAGCUGUGCCGAAUGCUGCCGCACUGUAAGACUGAGGCUGAAAAACAGGAAGUGAGGAGAGCAGUGUUGAGCUGCUCAUUGCAAAAAAAAAUCAGAGAUGAUGACGACGACGACGAUGAUGACGACGAUGAUGAUGAAGGUGGCAAUGAUCGUGAUGAUGAUGAUGAUGAUGAAGAGGAAUAAACCUAACUCUGAAUCACACCACAGACCUGCAGAGACGCACUAUUCAAAUUAAUUAUGAUGUUAUCUGUAUUAUAUUCAGGGGUGGCAUUUUAUUUUAUUCUUUUUUUUUUUUUGGGCCUUCAAACCGGUUAAUACCCAAGCCUGGUUGAGUUUCAGUUCCUCGUUUAGCCUCAAUGUUUACACAGGACCCUUGGAAUCAUCCCGGCGUCUGUGACGUACCUGAUUUUACUUUUUGUUUUCUAUGCCUUAUGCAUGCUGUAAACAAGGCAGACGGUUACUGUAAAGAUGGAAUAUCUUAUUCUACACUUAAUGUAAAAUUACCUUUUUGCAUUUUAUGCUUAAAAGCGUCAUGCUAUUGUAAUAAUCUGCCUCAAGACUGACUGAAGUUUUUUUUUUGUUGUAAAUGCCAUUGCACAAUGAAAAAUAAA